AUGCCUAACACUACAAGAGAAGACUCCAAAAGUGAUAGUGAGGGGGAUCUAAAGCGAUCUGGCAAGUAUGACGACGAGUACAUUAGGAAAAGAGAGAGAAACAAUGAAGCCGUUCGAAAGAGUCGAAAAAAAGCAAAGCAGCGAAUUCAAGAGACCCAACAAAGAGUAACCGAGCUUUCGAAAGAAAAUGAAGAACUUAGAUCGAAAGUCACACUUCUACAGAAAGAGCUCAGCGUCCUUCGGUCCUUAUUUGCGAAAGGAGGUCCAUCCGAUGUAAAUGUUGUCUUUACGAAAAAUCAAGGAAGCUCGAAUGGUCAACAAACUAUUGUAGUCAACGUAAAAACUGAAAAGUCUGAAGAUAAUUCAGAAGUCACAGACUGUAAAGCAACCUCGUGUAUUUCAACACCAGUAAUCACGUCAACAAGCUAA